AUUCAAGAGUGACCUCCCCUUUCCCGCGUUCCUCGCAAUGAUCAUUUAUUGCGUAGGAGUGGAAGAGACAAAAUGUCAGAAAAGCCUGAAUCAAGCGGAAAGGCAGACGCUGAAGACACUGGUGUAUCUAUGGUGGAUAUUCUAGAGGAAGAAGAACGACUUGAGGCUGAUGCAAACGCCGUUCUAGGAGACAGCGACGACAAAAAUUGCACUUAUCCUACGGGCUACGUAAAGCGUCAGGCAUUGUAUUCCUGCAGCACAUGUAAAGCAGCAGGGGCGGAGCCUUCUGGUGUGUGUCUCGCAUGUAGUUAUGAGUGUCACGAAGGACAUGACCUCAUUGAGCUGUAUACCAAGAGAUUUUUCCGCUGUGAUUGUGGAAAUUCUAGAUUUCCUAACCAAAAGUGCAAACUGUAUCCUGAUAAAAAGAGUGUUAAUCCAUCCAAUAAGUACAACCAUAACUUCAGUGGUUUGUACUGCAUUUGUAGUCGACCCUACCCAGACCCUGAUGAUGAGGUAGAUGAUGAGAUGAUCCAGUGUGUGAUAUGUGAGGACUGGUACCAUGGACGGCAUCUGGGUACAACAGUCCCUGACAACCAGGAUUAUGGCGAGGUGGUGUGCACGGACUGUAUGAAGAGGCAUGACUUCCUCUGGGCCUACACACUAACAUCUCAAGCCACCAUGAUGAAGAAGGAGGAAAGUAACACAGAAGUUGAUGUGUUGGCCAGUGACAGUUCCGACCAGGCCAGUUACAGCAUGAGCGCUGGCACCAGCAGCCUUGAAGCUAGUGCCUCCAACGUCAGCUUGGGCAACCUCUCCGGUAACAGUGACGACCCUGACUGGUCUAGUAAUGACCCUAGGUUUGCAGCUAUUACCAAGAAAUAUCCAGCCAGGUCUGAAGGUGCUUCUGGCUCAGAGAGGAGCCAGCCAUCUGUGGACACAUGUCUUCUGAAAGAUCUCAAGUCUCGCAAGUAUGACGUGAGAGAACAUGCCAUUUUUUUGCCAGGAGGUUGGAGGCAGAAGCUCUGUCAGUGUGUGGAAUGUAUGACCAUGUACAAGGACAAAGAGAUCCUGUUUCUGACUGAUGACCAUGAUACUGUACAGUCCUAUGAAGAGCGUGGACGUCAGAACCAUGUGCUGGUCUCGCAGCAUGACAAGGAAGUCAAUGCUUUGUCACAGAUGAACCGGAUACAACAGGUGGAGUUACUCCAAGGUUUCAAUGAUAUGAAGUCCCAGCUGAGUGAUUAUCUGAAGAAGUUUGCUGAAAAUGGAAAGGUUGUGAGAGAGGAAGACAUCAAAGAGUUCUUCUCCAAUAUGCAAGCAAGGAAGAGGCAGAAAACAGAAGAGGGCUUUCAGUACAAUUGUAAAUGAAGACUUCACCGUCAAGAAUAUGUUGAAAGUCAAGAUGACAGCAAUCCAUUGAACAAAGAUAUUUUUAGACAGUCUACAGCCUAAGGAGACAUUGAAGGUGUAUUGGAUUAUGUUGUAUUCAGUUGGGAUUUUAUGUCUGACUCAUUAUACAUCUCAUACAGAUUUGUUUUAAGAUGUGCUUGCUCAUUAGGUGUUUCUUCCCAUAGGAACUCAAACUCUUUUUAUGUUACCUACUGAGACUUUAGAUUUUAGGAUGAAUGUGUUUUCAGUUUCAUCUUUAGGUGCAGAUGAUUCAUUUAGAUGGCAUUCUGUUGCACUACAGCAUUACAUUAUUUUACACUGGCCCAGUACAGGAGACCUUGGUUGACUGGAAUUACGAAUAUUUUAAUAAAACACUAUGUUUCAUUUAUCUGGAAACUUGUUUUUUCUGAAAUUUUUAACUGAAACUGAUUCAAGUUCAAUCAGGUUUCACUACAACAUAAGAGAUUUUUGUUCUCCAAAUUCAUUUAAAUUCUGAUAAAAGAGCAUAUUAUGAUUUUUCAGUUUUAUCUUUAAUUUUUAAAAUGUCUUAGUUAUCCAGCUGUUAAAAUUAAGAAUAAUUUGAGUGCAUCAGUUCAAAGAUUAUUCACAAGGUGUAUUUCCUGUUAUUUAUUAACUAAUUAAGUAUACAUUUAACAAUACCAUACAUUUUAGUUAGUGUACAUAUAAUUAUUGUUUUAUCAGAUUGUACACAAUGUACCAUCUCUGUUGUACAUCAUGGUAUUCAUCUCUGCUACUGUUUGAUUUAAUUGUUUGCAUUGCUGCAAGUUGUUGAGCAUUUAAUCAUUACAGUUACCUUAACAAAUGUUAUUACUGCUGUUUGUUCAGUGUUAAGAAUGAUCAAAACUGUUUCUGAACUUUUCUGUAUUUGAUUCUGUUCACAAUUAUUCAGAUUUAUCAGUUUAUGUUAAACCUCUGAUUAUAUGUUUCGGUUUUCUCGAUCGAAGCUUUGUAGGAUAAGAGCUUGAAUAAUUUUUAGAUUUGUCAUGUCGGUGGUAAUUUUUAUAUUAAUUUGAACAAAGCAGAAAAUACAAUUGCAAAAAUAAUUAAGAUUGAAAAUCAUUUUCUGCUUUUCAGUGCCUGUUGAUUAUAUAGGAAUAGUCUUGAAUUGAUUUGAAACAAACUUUGAAUAUGUUUUAAUAAACCUUUAGUGAAAUAUAACAUUUGUUUCAGUGUCUUGUCAAAAGCAAGAUUUUAUGGAUGUCGACUUCUUUAUUGUGAAUAACACUCAAUUUUCCAUAUAGAAACAGACUGACUUGACCAGGCCCAUAGAAUACACUCAAAAUUGACAUUUCAAAUAAAAUUCCUGUUUAUCAUGUGAUUUAAAAAUAUUAAGGAAUAUGUUACUUCCCUUUGGUCCAGUUUUUUAUUUUAAUGUAUGCAUGUAAAAUUAUUAAGAUGAAAUAUAUUCCACAGGAAGCAAAUCCUGCAAAUAAUUGGGUUGCCGGGGUCGCCUAUCGGUUAAAGUUUUCACUCGUCAUGCCAUAGACCCAGGUUCAGUUCCCCACAUGUGUACAAUGUGAACCCCAUUUCUGGGGUCCUCCAUUGUGAUAUUGCUAAAAACAGCGAAAAAACUAAACUCGCUCACUCCUACAAAUAAUUAACAGUUGCUGAAAGACUGUAUCUGUGACUUGUCUCAAUUUUUGUUAUUUGCUGUUCAAUGUCAACAUUCCGUCCUUGAGAUGUCCAUACCCCUCUGUAUUCAACAAACAUCCUGUCAUGUGGGAACCCUCUUCUUGCCUCCCUCCCUUCAUUCAUAAGAUAUCACAUGAUCUUACCUUUUGCAACGGGCGGUGGGGUAGCCUAGUGGUUAAAGCGUUCGCUCGUCACGCUGAA